UUUCUGUAGCGCGGGGUGCUGAGGGUGCAGCGAUGGAGCGCUACGAGGAGGCGGCGUUGAACGCGGUCCCCGUGCCCGACUUCAGGCAAAAUGAGGGUUCAUUAACAUCAACUUUAAGAACACUUCUAUUCUUCACAGCUCUAAUGAUCACAUUACCUGUUGGGCUAUAUUUUUCGUCAAAGGCUUAUAUAUUUGAAGGUACCUUAGGAAUGACCGACAGAGACAGCUAUUUUUAUGCUGCCAUAGUUGCUGUAGUUACUGUUCAUGUGGUACUUGCUCUCUUUGUAUAUGUAGCGUGGAAUGAAGGUUCUCGACAGUGGCGGGAAGGCAAACAGGACUAGAAUGAAAAUCGUCGUCAUCUGAUGCCUACAGACUGUAAAUCAAAGUUUUGUGAGCUGAAAGAAAAGCAUUCUUCAAAAUGUAUUAUACACAUGUACAAAGAUGAGGCUAAUGCCUCAACUCUGGUUAGAAUAGACUUGUGCUCAUCUUGAAUGUGUACGGGUGUUUUCUUUAAUGCUGAUGGAAGUUGUUCUUUAGCUAGCCUCUACUAGGUCGAGCUGAGGAGGUCUUCGCCUGGAAUUAGAAUGAAAUAAUUAUAUAUUUUUGAAAAAAUCCUGAAGCUAUUUUUGCCAUUCCUAGUAUUUUUCUGGCUUACUCUGAAAAUAAUAUUGGCAUGAAGCAAGCAUUAGAUUUUUGAGUAAUUAAAUUGCUAUUCAAAAAAACUACAUUACUCGCUAUCCAACUGCAGUGGAAAAGAUGGGAUUUCACUUUGCUGUGGAUAGUUUCCUGAUUUAUGGGUGUCGUGGUUUAACCCCAGCCAGCAAGCAAGCACCAUGCAGCCGCUCGCUCGCUCCCUGCAAUGGGAUGAGGGAGGGUAUCAGAAGAGUAGAAGUCAGAAAACUUGUGGGUUGAGAUAAAGACAGUUUAAUAGGUAAUAGCAAAAUAGCAAAAGCUGUGCACGCCAGCAAAGCAAAACAAGGAAUUCAUUCGCUGCUUCCCAUCAGCAGGCAGGUGUUCAGCCAUCUCCAGGAAAGCAGGGCUCCAUCAUGCGUAGCGGUUACUUGGGAAGACAAACGCCAUCACUCCGAAUGUGCCCCCUUCCUCCUUCUUCCCCCAGCUUUAUAUGCUGAGCAUGACAUCAUAUG